GAAUCUAGCAGCAAAAGCGCUGAAGUUGGCAAAAAUGAUCUUGACGUCCUCCUGGCUGACUCCAAAGCGCCCCCUCGCGCUACUCUUCGGCGCACACCGCCGGCACAGGUUGUGGGGUGGGCGGAGUCAAACAGCUGGGUAGACCGGAAUGUCUCGUGGCGGCUAUCACGCAGGUCGGGCUGCACCGUGAAGCCACACGAACUAUCCCCUCUUCUUUUUUUCCUCACCAAAUCGUCUAACCGGGACUUCCUAGAAGCCAGAAAACUACACGUUCUGCUGUCCCUUUGGCUGGUUUUCGGCACCCCGAAGAGGAGAGAGGACGACAGAAAAGUUAAGCAAGAAUCUUGGGGUGGGAGGGAAAAAAAAAAAAAAAAAACACCACUUGCUCGAAAACGUAACGGCGGAAGCUAAGACAAGUCGUUCCAGUGUCCCCGACUUGUUACAAUGACUCAUUUGGCGUCAGCGCAGAUGUCAGCCCCACACAGUUAAAUGUUAGAACUACUUGAGCACAUAUUGCUCGGAUGGUCGAAGAGGAAAAAGAGGAAAGAGGGUUCGUGGUGCCUACCAUGUCUCUGUGGGUGAUCCUGCCUGUUAGCCUCCCAGCACUGACCAUCACUGGGAUCUGGGUUGUGUAUGCCAUGGCCUUGUACAACCAGCACGUCUGCCCUGUAGAUAACUGGUUGUACAACCAGUCGUGCGAAGAGGAGCUCUAUUUGCAGAGUGGGCCAACGUUAUGCUGCACGCUCGACAACGUACCUCUCAUCAGUAAAUGUGGGACACUUCCGCCUGAGAGCUGCUUCUUCAGCCUUAUCUGCAGCACAGGCUCAUUCAUGGUCAUGGUGAUCGUACUGCUUCGCUACGCCCACGUCAUUGAGAAGCACCAAAACUGCGUCCUCAACACGGCGAGUCUCUCCACAGGCUGGAUCUGUGCCGCUGGACUCAUCAUGGUGGGCAACUUCCAGGUGGACUAUGCCAAAGUUCUCCACUAUGUCGGAGCGGGCAUCGCCUUCCCCACCAGUAUGCUGUUCGCGUGCCUGCAGUCGGCGCUGACGUAUCGGCUGGCCAAGACGCAGGGGGAGUACAACGUGGCCCACCUGCGGCUCUGCAUGACCCUCCUCGCCUUCGCCGCCCUGGUGCUCAGCGGCGUGUUUUUCUGCCAGGAGAGCUUCGUCCUGCAGCACGCUUCGGCCAUCUUCGAAUGGGUCUUCUGCGUCAUCAUCAUGCUCUUCUACGGGACGUUCGCCUUCGAGUUCGCCGGCAUGUCGGGUGACACCGUGGUGGUUUUGGCCCGAGGGGGCUCAGCGGCGAGGGAGCGCAAGGUGGACGCGCUGGGGCCGCGCUUGCCGCCGCACCAACCCGAAAACAUGUCGUCCAUCCUGUAGGGCCCGACUCGCUCGGAUUGGAUUGUCCUUCCGAGACGGCGCUGUCAAAUCAGUCGAGUCAUUCAAUCAAUCACGUCAAGAUUCGAACUCGAGCAGGACCCCGACGGAGAGCUUUUUUUUGUCAUUACAUCAGAGCUGCUUCUUUUUUUUUCCUUUUUCCCUUCCCUCCCAUUUUUUGCCUGUCUGCAUUUUGCACAUGUGUGAAGCCAAAUGUUCCAUCCAGACAAACCAACCAACCAGCCAGCCAGCCAGCCCUGCCUUCAUUUAUUAGCCGCGGAGAGCUAAAGGUCCAUCAGAUUAAGACAAAUCUGUUGUUCCCUUCUCCCAGCGCUCAACAAGUGACCUUGGAUGAUUUCCUCUUCAGGUGAUUGCAGCGAGGCCUUUUCAUUUCAUUUGGUGAGUGCGCCCGUGCUAAACAAGAGGCUGCUGGACGGCCACAGCUGAAAAUGCAGUGCGGUAUUGUCUGCUGCUUUACACACUCGCCACAAAGGACGAAGGUCAGGACGGAAGCAAUAAACUCUUCGUAUUGUUCUACAGAUGAGUAUAUAACUGUUACGGAAAUACUGUUGCAUAAAAGAGAGGGGACCUGUUAUGUGUGUGUGUGGGUAUAUAUAUAUAUAUAUAUAUAUAUACAUAUAUAAACAUUUUAAUAAUUUGUCUCUGAUCAUGUUCACAUUGAACAAGGUAAUGAUGACGCAAAAAAAGUCAUUUCCUCACUUUCGACCAGGGGUGUCCAAACUACGGCCCGGGGGCCAUUUUAAGUAGCCUGUGGCAUAUAUUAAAAUGAAGAUGACCUGUGUCGUUUACCUGUAUUGUGCUAGUUUCUACACUGGUUGGCAAGGCAGUACAAGAAGAGAAGAAGAAAUUUCUCCUCUCUCACUCGCUUGUUUACCACCAAUUAGGGAUGGGCGAGUAUCGAUACCGGUCUUAUUUCAAGGUAUCGGGUACUAUUGAAGGCUACCGAUUCCAGCCACCGAUACUUAAGGCAAAAAAACAAUCUGACAUUGAGUCCUCCUUGCCAGUAGCUGGCGCUGCAUUGCAGCGCUUUGACACAUUGGCGAAUCAUCAGAAAGAACGAAAGGUCUUUGUUCACAAUUAUGCCACUAUGUUCAUUGGAAUUGUAUGUAACAAAAGUACCAGGGGCUAUUGGUACACUGUAUAGGUGAGUUCUCAAGCCUGACCAUUAGUACUGGUAUCAGUCUGAAAAAAGGGUUAUCGAAAAUCCCUACCGCCAAUCACGUCACUAAAACAGUAACAACAUUUUCUAUUCACAACGCCGCAGGGAAUAAAGAUCAUUUAGUUACAGCAGCAACUGAAUCGCAAUUGUUUGCUUCCACUUCAAGGUCCGCUUAGUACAGAGUGAUCUUGUUUUGGUUCGGAAUGCGGGAUACGGGGCUGUCGGCCACACAAGUGUCAGGAAAAUCCGGAGCAAAAACCAAAUUGUUUCGUAUAUCCAUAUCUACACUGGAUUAAUUUGACCAUGUUAACUAAAGUCGAAGAAUGUCAAAGUGGCUUUUGUGCCAUUUGAUUUUUGUGUAUGGAGGCCUUUGGAAGAAAAAGUUUGGACACCCCUACACACUUGCUGCUCUCUGCAAAAAAAAAAAAAAAAAAAAUAUAUAUAUAUAUAUAUAUAUAGAUCAAUGUUAGCAUUAGAGAUUGGCAUCAUAUUCGAAGAAUUCUGUUGAUAUUUGCGGAGUGGUUGAUUAAGCAUGUCUGUGUUGAUCAAUCAGGUCUCGAUCCAGUUAAAGCUGUGUUCAAAUUUCCCACCACCUGUCCUGCCUUUCCGACAUUAUACAAUAUCAGGUCCCCUUUAAUACAGCAAAUGGUGACGCUUGUUCCCGUCGACAUCCAUGUCGCUGUUUGUAUGCACUACGUGUUCAAGUACUCAUGAUACAGACGGUAGAUUGUCCAAACAUUACCAACAGUCCUCUCCAUCAGUGAACGAUUCUCUGCCAAAGACGCGUAGACACGACGCAGUCCACACGCCGGUGGUCAUUCGAUCCACUUACGGUAAGCUUCUUAGCUUUUACAGUAUUCCUCAUUGUCACGUGCGACUAUACGUCCGUGUUCUACUGUAAACAGCGUGCCAAAUAUCAGUGUGCCUGUGGCCUCGGUGCUAAUAACAAGCCUGAUUGUAACAUUAUCGCAUUCGUCAAAAGCAAUAUUCUACACUUCUUUUUAUCAGUAUUUUGUUACAGAAUGUCACCGGACACAGCAUUGGGUACACCACACAGCACGCCCUUACAAAGAUAACGACACUUUCGAGCCAGUAUUUUCCAACCUUCGUCCCGUGCCGCUCUUCAGUGUAAAUGACGUGGCGAGGGAGUUGACCAGCCAAUUUUCUGCCUUGGGAGGUAGUACCAGAAGCCUUGUUUUUUUUAUUAGCACAAGAUUCAUGCAAAAUGACCAAAAAUUCUCAAUUAAUCCACCUGUGCCUUUUUACACACAGCCCGGCUAAGUGAAAUGUUACCCGCAACACAGCAUCCCACAGUCAGAUAAUUGGUCUGUGGUGAUGAAUAAAAUAUAAUACUUGUCUGACAACUGCUUUCAACACAACAGGGCAAGAAAGUAGAAUGUCGGGUAUUGAACUUCAAUCCCAAUUUCCUUUUUGACGCGGUUGUCAUCUCGCCUUUGUUACUUAUGGCUCCGGCACUACCUCCAAAAGGUGAUUGUACCAAUAAAAACGGCUGCAAAUGACCACAGAAGGAUGUGAUGAAAGGCAAGACAUUUUCGAUUGUCUUUUUUUUAUGAGCAGGCAUUUGCAGGUGUACCUCAUGUUGUGGCCUAAAAUAAUGCCAACUUGACGUGUAUUUUAGAGAUUUUUUUUUUUUGCCUUUCAUUGACUUAGUCCGACAUAUUCUAUAUGCUGUACUCCAGAGGUGUGCCAACCUACUUGACCUAUGCAGCUGUUCUCUUUUCUAACGUGUUAUUAAUUCAUAUUCAUCAUUCCACAAGUUGGUCACUUCUAUUUAAGUUUUUUUGUUGUUGUUUUGUUUUUUGCAUCAGUACUGUACACUGAACGUGUGUGACUCAACUGGAAAAGCUUUUGUUGUCACUUGCUCCCUCUACUGGUCAAACCUAUCAUUGCAGAAGCUUGGUCUUGUUUGUUCCACCUUAACCCGCCUUUAAAAUGUCUUGCUGUAAAAAUAUAAACAUUUCUUUGUGUUUCCAUUUUGUCCAGCCUAAAAUAUACGUCAAAUAUUAAAUAUUUGGGUUUUCUUUAUCCUUCAGAGGCCAGUAUGUUAACAUGUAUUUUUUUAUCGGGGUAGAAAAACUAAAAAAAAUGUCUGUAAAAUACAUUUCAAGGAAUAUUUUCUCUUUUUUGUGUGUCAUAUUUAUAUAUAAAAAUAAAAUAAAACCACACAAGUCCUGGUGACAAAAAAUGACCCAUUGUAAACACAUCAAAUUCAUUUUUAUAUUUGUCCAAUGGAUGGCGCUAUUUUUUUCUCUUUCGAAGCAGCAAAAAUGUUUUCCACAAAGUUACCGCACUACUGAAAUAAGCAUGCAUUGCUGUUGAUGUACGAAAAUGUCCCGGGUUAUCUUUUUGGAUUUCAAUUAAUUUUAUAUUCAUCCACCAGAUGGCACCACUCCCCCCCCCCCCCCCCCAUUUAAAGCAUGCAGUACUAAAAAUGUUGCACCUUUCUACUGUUUUCCACCAGUACACCUUUUCUGUUCAUAUUUCCCUAGUUCUAUUAUCAUCCACCAGAUUGUGCCACCUUCCCUCAUUCAAAACAUGCAGCAGUAAAAAUUUCCCACAUUUUUAAUUUUCCUGCAUCAGCACUGAAAUAACAAGCAUCGUUAAGGAUGUAAAAAAAAUUGUCCCACGCUAUUUUUUCUGUUCUGAUUUCAAUUAUUUAUUUGUCCACCAGAUGGCACUACUUUACCUCUUUCAAAGCAAAAAUGCCCAUAUCAUUUGUUAGAUAUUUAAAUAAUUUAUUUUGUCCAACAGUUGGCGCCAUUUCCCCCAUUCAAAGCAUGCAGCAGUAAAAAUUUCCCUUUUUUACUGUUUAUCUGCCUCAAUACUGAAAUUACAAGUGUGUAUUGCUAAAAAUACAGUAUCUCAUUGUCAUCUUUUUUUGUUCAGAUUUGUAGUUUUUAUAUUUGUCCACUAGAUGGGGCCACUUUUCCUCAUACAAAGCAUGUAGCAGCAAAUAUUUGAACCUGUACUGUUUUCCACAAGGGGGGCUCGAUGUACAAACAAUGUCUCUUUAGGAUCUGUUAAGGGUUAAUGCAUCGUUUCAGCUAAUCUGACCAAUUUUUUUCAAAGCACUUUUUGCUUUUAUUUACAUCAAGCUGCCUAAAUACAAUGUUUGUUCUCGUUUACGGACUCAUCUUUGCACUCAGGAAAGUGUUAGGACACAACACAAUCCACUCUGUCGCCGCCUUCUUCUGCUGUUGAGGAUCCGUCAUGUAUAUUUUGCUGUUUUAUGGUUUAAAAUAAAUUUUAAAAAAAUAAUUCUGUAUCGUUCACUCGUUGCGCUACUCAGUCACACAAUGUUUAAAUAGCAAAAGCUAUCAUGCAAUCAUUAGAAGACUAUGGAGUAAUUAACCUGUAAACCUCACACUGAUAAAUAUUAAAUGUGUAUAUCCAGUACUCAAUUAUGCUGCCUACGUGCCUUAUUAUUACUUUGAUAAAGCAAACCAAAGAGAUCAAAGUUGUGAAUUCAAUUUUGAUGAUUGUGUACUGUGUGUGUGUAUGCCUUAAUGUUCAACAAAUAAAACAUUUUAAAUAAAUGUUCUUUUUUUUCACGCACAAAAACGCAGCACUCUGCACACAGACAAUUGACAUCUUUAAUUUUCUUUGUGGUUUAAUUAUUUACACUGUCCUGGUUAUACUUCGCCAACAAAAUGAUGACAGCAGAGAGAACACUGAUCACUUCAGCAUUUUUGUUUUUCUAGAAUUAAGACAAAAUGAUAAAGGAAAAAAAAAAACAAAAGAAAAUAUGGUCAUAAUGCCCCCUAAAGCAAA